AUGGCCGCCAUCGGCAAGGCCUUCGGCACUACAGAGCUCCUCGAGAGCAUCCUCAACCACCUCCCCAUCAGCGACCUCUGGAAGGCGCAACACAUCAACAAGGGCACCCGCGCCAUCAUCAGAGGCUCGCACCGACUCGCCUCCCGCCUCUUCGCCGCCCUGCUCCCAGCUGGAGACAUACCACCACUCGGUUCCUCCUACGCCUUCUUCAACGACGCCUUCUUUGAUAUCCGCCUCACCUCCCAGCACCAAAGCCAUUUCUGGCGCCGCAAGCUCAACGUCUCCCGCCGCAACACGAGCAAGCCCGAGGGUAAGAUUUCCCGCAUCAUCAGCAAAUGCUACAACACUGCCAUCUUUCUGCGCCACAAUCGCUUUGGUGGGACUAUCUUCUUCCUCGUGCAGGACAAGAGUACCGUGACGGACGAGCACUGGAGGUCUCGCUGGGACUACGCCAUGUACGCCACGCCGAGAAAGUGCGAUGAGGUCGAAGUCUGCUACCUUGAAUGA